GAGGAACACAUUCCACUUCUCAACUUGGAUCUCCUGAACAUCAAGCCUGAGGAUCGCCAGUGGUUCACAGACGUCAACAUCGCUGUACGCGACCUCUCAAACGGUUCGGAAAAUCAAAACUACGGACACAUCCGCCGCAUUGUCUCAAACGCCGCUCAUAUCCUCGACAAAGAAGUCAAGCAUCAUGAGUGGGCUCGCAAACUCGACCCCCUCAUCAUAUGGGUCUCAUGCAUGAUACACAGCGUGAGCAGUCAAUUGCUUAGAGCAGCAGAGAAACCAUGCGAUCAACUUGAUGUCAUUGACUACUUCCUCAAGUCUUACGGCUGC